AUGUCUCGCGAGAACAGGAAUUCCUGUUCGGAGUCGUCCAUCUGGGUGCACAAGGCUUACCAGCGACACCGUUUGAAAGUACAGGGAGCCACGCGUGCGAUCGACGUAGAUCCGCCACAGAGCCGACCUCACGUAGUCACCAACGCGAAAGGGUUGCAAUUGGAACGAGAAAAGCAAGAUCGCAUCAUGAGGGAGAAUUUCAUACUUCUGAAGAAACUACGCGAUAUUAUGCAUCGGAAACUACCCACGGAAGAGACCUACAGGCUGAAAUGGGACGAGACCAGGUGCAUCAGGACUCGCUGA